CCAGAUUUUCUGGUUUGGGGAUUUAAACUAUCGUCUCAAUAUGGAAGACGCAGAUGUAAGGAAGCUCAUUUUUCUCAAACGGUGGGAUGAACUUAUCAGCAAUGAUCAGCUAAACAAAGAACUCCGCAGUGGGCAUGUAUUCGAAGGAUGGAAGGAGGGAGUGAUAAACUUUCCACCUACCUAUAAGUAUGAGAUAAACUCUGACAGAUAUUUUGGAGAGAACCCAAAAGAAGGAGAGAAGAAGAGAUCACCAGCAUGUCAGUAUAGGGGUGAAGUUAUUACCAUGAUUCAGUCAAUUGAUGAGUAUUUCCUCUUUAUGUAUUUG